ACACUCUCUCUCACUCUCUCUCGCUUUCCCAAACAAAACAAUAAAAAUAAAAAAAUCUCUCUCUCUCUCUCUCUCUCUCUCUCUGUGGCGUAAUGGCUUCGGCUCCAAGAAACAAAUCCCACGCGCACGAUUUCCACGCGUUCCACAAACCAUUCGCUUCCUCCUCGGCUUCCGCCUUCGCGUCUAAGUCACCCACGUUCUUCACGCGCCGCUCAUGCUCUCCGUCGCCGUCCGUACGGUUCUCCAUCGACCAACGGCCCAACUCUCCCGGCCGUUCGUCAAUCUCCGUAACCAAACAAGAAACCAGCAAAAAGAUCAACAAUACGGUGUCGUCUUCGUCAUCGUCAUCGUCUCAUAAUCGCGCUGUUCGCAAUUUUCAAAAGAAGACGUGCUCGUGUUCUCCUACGACGCACCCUGGCUCGUUCCGGUGCUCUCUACACAAGGCUUCUUCUUCUUCUUCUACUUCGAGUACACGUGGCAGUGGACAGAGAGCGGCGUCGUAUGGUUUGAAUUUUAGGAGGUCGGCGAUGACGAACUCGUUGGUGAGGAUUGGAACGGUGGAAGGCGGUGAUCUGGUGAAACGGGCGUUGUCGGCUCUCAUUAGGCCUUCUUCGCAUCAACAGCGCCGCCGUGCCGCUUUUCAGCCCAGGCCCAGUCGCCUCUCAACCAUGUCCAAAGCCCAAGCCCAAGAUAAUGAUCAUGAUUCUUGAAUUCUUUCCCUCAGAAUUCUUUACUUUUUUUGAAGAUUUUUCUAUCUGAGUUAACUCAGUCUCACUAGUUGAGAGUUCAUAUUAUGAAAAUUUUUGCAGGA